UUCCCAGCUUCCUCUGCACUUCCUGCUUUCCACCAAAGAAGUGACAGUGGGAACGAAAACAAAAUGCGAUAGUUAAACUUCACUGAUGAGCUGUGAUCAGUGACAGCGUUAUUAACGCUUCCCGGAAUACUUCACUGAACACUUAUUUAAAUGUAAUUUCUUUGUACCUGAGGCGUGUGGUAAUAAUAUAAAAUCAACCAUGCAGUUCACUCCCACCAACGGAGAUUUCACGUUCGUCUCUUCGACAGAGGCUGAAGAGCUCAGCGGCACCAUCAGUGCCCCGGACAUUAAACUAAACAUGGGCAGUGAGAGCAACAAAGACCCAUAUGCCACCACCUUCCUGAGGCAGCGAGGCUAUGGCUGGCUGCUGGAGGUAGAGGAGGAUGACAGUGAAGAGAGCAAACCUCUUCUGGAGGAGCUGGACAUUGACCUGAAGGACAUCUAUUACAAGAUUCGAUGUGUGCUGAUGCCAAUGCCAUCGCUGGGUUAUAACCGGCAGGUGGUCAGAGACAACCCGGACUUCUGGGGUCCCCUAGCCGUGGUGCUGCUCUUCUCCAUGAUCUCGAUCUAUGGACAGUUCAGGGUUGUGUCUUGGAUCAUCACCAUCUGGAUAUUUGGAUCACUAACAAUCUUCCUGCUGGCUCGUGUUCUUGGUGGUGAGGUUUCCUUCGGCCAGGUUCUUGGAGUGAUUGGAUAUUCCCUUCUUCCUCUCAUCGUUAUAGCCCCUCUGCUCUUAGUGAUCGGAGGGUUUGAGGUGGUUUCGACACUAAUCAAACUGUUCGGCGUGUUCUGGGCUGCUUACAGUGCUGCUUCACUGCUUGUCGGAGAUGAAUUUAAAACGAAGAAGCCCCUCCUCAUAUAUCCCAUUUUCCUUUUGUAUAUCUACUUCCUAUCACUAUAUACUGGUGUGUGACCGGAUUAAUUCAAACUGUGGACCUUUUCAUGGACAGUGAUCCUGGAGCAUGGGGGGAGAAAAACUAUGGAACCAGGAUUUUUUUUUUUUUUAAGGUGUUUAUUUCUUUUUUAACUCUGUUAAAUUCUAGACGGUGGGGAUGUUGGGAAUAUAUAUCAGUGUAUAUAGUUUUGUCCCUUAUGUCUUUGGUCAAUAAAAUGCAUAUGCUUUUACAGCUUAAACUUCGGUAUGCAGACUUCUCGUUGACCAGUGCAAUACAGGCCCCACAGUCCUGCAUUUACUUGUAAUUAAGCAGGAAAUAGUCACAGGGUUGUACAUUAAUUUAAUGAUUUAUUUUUACUCUUUAUCCCACUGAAGAAUAUGGUGCCAAAUCUUUGUGUGUAUAUGCUGAAGGAAGAAUUUGAGAAAAAAGACAGCACCACACCGAAAGAAAGAGAUUGUUGAGCAUAAUGUUCUUCAUUGUUAUGCACUGUAAUGUACUAUGAGAAGUGUCCAUUUAUACUUUUCAGUUUUCACAGACUUAAUUUAUGGAUUUCAGCAGCAGAAGCAGGUUGAGUGAUAUAAACCAUUGUCUACUAAAUGUGGUGCCUUGCCCCCCCCCCCCCGGGUCCUGUUUGUCAACCAUUUAAUACAGAAAUAUAGUCAUUUAAUCAAUAAUUACAGUAAAUCAAUAGUUAUUUGUCACUUAAA